AAUGAACAAAUAAGUAUAAGACAAGUCUACAACACUCUUUAAUUCCCCUCUUGUUUUAUUUAGUAAUCCAAAUUCCAAACCCCAAAGUUGGAUAAUAUAAACUUACAAAACAAAAUAAAAGUCCAAACAAUAGAGAAGACUAGCCCCCCUUCUUAGUUUUUUCCUCUAAGUAAAGUCUCCUAUAUUAUAUUAAAAAAAUCAAAGUCUCGUCUAUCCACAUACCCCACAUAAUACUCAUUAAUUAGUAGCACAUAUAUUUUAAAUAUAAUAGUACACACACAAGUAGCUAAUAGCUCAAAAAUAUACAAAAAAAAAAUGGAGUGUAGAAAAUUUGAAAUAACUCUAAUAUCAGCAAGUGAUCUUGAAGAUGUUCGUAGGCUAUUCAAGAUGAAAGUUCAUGCUAGGGUUUCAAUAGGUAGCAACCCUAACACCGAAAAACGGACCCCAACGGACAAGCAUGGGGAGAUAAAUCCAGCAUGGAACUUUAGUAUCAAGUAUACAAUCUCAGAAUGGAUGAUCAAGUAUCAAAAUGACAUGUUAGUGAUUAAGUUAUACUGCAAGAGGAAACUCGGGGAUCGAUAUAUAGGUGAAGUUCAUAUGUCUAUGAAGGAGUUGUACGAGUAUUCAUAUGCUAAUGGAGGUAGUGCUAUCAUGACUUGUCCUGUACAUAAAGGUUCUGCUCAAUCUCAAGGUGUUUUGAGGUUUUCAUAUAGGUUUAGUGAAAGAGUUAUGAUUGAUAAGUUAGUUUUGGCUGAGAGCAUUGCUGGUUGGAGUAUGUGUAAUUAUUUGGAGUGAAUUUGAUUUUUUCUAGUCUUUUUGACUUUUUAUGUUCUUGUACUAAUGGAUUUGACCAUCAUAUAUAUAGUUUGUGUGUUUUUGUUUUUGAAUUGAA